GAACUCGUCCUAAUCAUCAAUAUUCUUCCAUCGAACAUACAAACACUCGUCCUAUCGAUUCAACCUUCUUAUCACUAUCGAACACUUCUCUGUUCGCGGUCUGAUACUGUGGACUCGACGUCAUCAAUACAUUUGUCCCGGACUUUGACGACGAGGAGUCCAUCUCCGAACCUUUUUAUAAGCACAACAUAUCAGACAACAAUCAAUACAUCUCCAACUUUGAAAUCAAGGAUAAUGGCGGAUAUUGCACGUCUGACAGAAAACCUCCCUCCGGAGACGAAAGAGGAGAUUGCAAAGAACGACCUGCCUCUAAAAGAUCGAUUCUUUCGUUACUUUCAGCAGGAAAUAACUGCUUUACAGGAACAGAUGGCUCGGCUUGCAGAUACUUCGAUAGUAGCCGGUGAACGCUCUGAUGCAACCGAUCACUGUCUAGCCGGUAUUGCCAGACUAUCUAAUGAAGUCAAGGAUGCAUCCAGCUAUAUCCCCACCUACGAUCAACGUAUCUACGCCGAAGCAAUCAAAGCCCUACAAGACAAACUCUCAGAGACCCGGGCAGCAGUUCAGCCCCGAGCAAAAUUCUCAUUCAAAACAAAGAAGAAUCCCUCUGCAAUCUCCCUCUCUGACGCAGCCGAAAUUGCUGCUCAGGGUCGUCGUAUCAUUCCAGGCUACUUGUCUCCAGAAGUAUCCUCCCAGGACUCUUCCCGGAAUCCCACACCCCUCUACUCCUCCACACCAGUCAACGAAGUCGAAACCCUUCAACUCCGGCCCGAAAUAGCACCUACUUCAUCCCCAGCCAUCCUCGACGAAGGAAAAGAUACAUCCGCCCUCGAAAAAAAAUCAAACAACAUUCGCCGUCCCACAUUCUCAAACGCCUCAUCCGUCUCAGUCGAUCAGCACUACGGCCUACACAUCAUGUUACCAGCAUCAGCAUCCAGCGCUUCUGUACCCGCAUCAAUCACCUCUCUACGUCACUGUGUAGUCGACAUGUCGAUUCCGACUACAGACGGAAAACCAUACGCCAGCUUGACCGUCAACGGCGUAAAGGAGUCUUUGAUUAUCUGUGGACAGGUCGAUGGACCGGCUCACGUCACUGGUGUAGAGCACAGUACCAUCGUGCUCUCGUGUCGGCAAUUCCGUAUGCACAACUGCACGGAUGUGGAUGUUUAUUUGAGUUGUACUAGUAACCCCAUAAUUGAGGACUGUACACGGAUCCGUUUUAGUAGGAUUCCAAAGACAUACGUGUGUCCCCCGCCUUUUCCCCCCCCUCCAAAAUAUUCACAAUCUGAUUAAUGGUAGGCACUGGAUCAAAACCAUCCCGAUGGAACCGACAAAUGGAACCAAGUCGAAGACUUCAAAUGGAUCAAACCCGAACAAAGUCCCAAUUGGAGUAUUCUAGAUCCUAACGAUGCUGUAUCAGAUGAGAUAUGGGCCGAAAUGGUUCCAGGCGGACCUUGUUGGUCAUUGGAGGAUAUUUUGAGGGCUACGAAGGUUAUGAGGGAGUAAUUCAGUUAUAUUUUACGUCAGAAGGGAAAAGGGGGAAAGGAAAAUCCUGAAUUGAGUUCAGUUUGCUGAGUUCUCUCCAAAUGUUCUGGAGUAUACGAUAGUCCGGCGUAUAAGGCAUUGUUGUUAUUGUUGAUAUUCUUUUCUCUUACUUGUGCUAGUUCCACAAAUGUACUUAAUAGUCUUAAUAUUAUCGUGAACUAUUCC